AUGUCCAGCUAUGCUAAAGUACUCAUACUAUUAACAAUCACUGCAUUUUCCUCAAGUGAUGUAUUUAACAAUGGCCAACAAAAAUAUGAGCAGAUUUUAUCAUUAUCAUCAACAUCAACUUGCUGGCAAGAGGUGUUAAUCAUGUUACAAAAAUAUUGUUCGAUUGAUGAACUCGAUAAAUAUCAGUCGAAAAUAGCUUAUCAAUUCACUCUUUGUCAUCUAUCUGCAAUGAAUGAUGACUCGUCGAAUAUUCUAUGUCAACAAACUGAUAUUGAAUUAUGUGUUGAAAACCUUCAUCAACAUAUGAAUGCAUUUAUUGCAUAUACUGAAUUCUAUCCAUUUGUUCAAAGUGUUUGUUAUGUUCUUCGUCAAAAAUCUUAUCAAUCCGAACUUACAUCACGUUUAACAUUAUUUCUUAGUAGUUCACAAGAAACCAUAACCAAAUUAGUAUCUUCCAUUCAUAUGCAACAUCAAUUAACAGAUAAAAUGAAAUAUCAACAGUAUGUUCAAGAAACUAUUCUUAGUAAUGCGAUGAAACUCAAACACUUGGCUCGAACAAAUAUGGAUAAAACCCAAGAUAUACUAACUAGCGUUAUUCAAGCUGCUCGACAUGAAUAUGAUUUACUUAAACAAAUAUUUGCUCUCUCACAAACGAUUCAAACAAUCGUACGCAUGACUUUUACAUAUUCAUUUUGGUUUUAUGUUCUAUCGAUGUUCACUAUAUAUAUUAUGACGAUUCCAAAACGAACAAAUCGAGCAAGAUCUUUUUUAUUUUGUGGCAUGUUUAUUUAUGGUCUUCUUGAGCGUUAUCAACAAAUGUCUUCGAUAAUUAAUUUUUAUCAAUGGCGUUUGAUUUGCUGGGCUUGUUUUCUAUCAAUUCUUAUUCAUUUUGCUUAUAAAUAUCAAAGUCGAAAAGAAAUUCAUAAUGAACAACUCUGUCGUCUUAAUUUAAAUCUUAUUCAAACUGAAGCUACAUUUCAUCGAGUAUCAAGACAAUUGAAACGAGCUCGUUCAAAAUCUCGCUCACGUUCUCGUUCAAUUCGACUAAGACAACGAGAAGCUAGACACACUAGUCCACUAACGCAAACUCAAAAUCAAUCUAUCGAUCAUGACGAAAAUAAAGAAAAUGGUCCACAAAAUACUUUAAUCGAUGAUGAAAAUGAUCAAUCAUUUGUACAUUAUACUAAUAAACUUCGGUAUAGUCGUAUCAUUCCAAAAUCAUCGAAGUCAACACGAAUUUUGUUAGGAUCAAAACAGAUUAAUAACACUAUUGAUAAUUAUUAA